AGACACUCCAUGGCCUAGAUAUGUUGCACAGAGUGGCUUCGAGGUUGCGCUAUCAAUGUGUAUAUUUUUCAUUCCGCUCGCGGCAAAACAACCCCAACAUUAACAACACAGUCUGCUCAAUUUCAUGCAUAGAUAAAGAAUGACUGAAGUGCUCAACCUCUGUUUAGCGGCUUUAAAGCAUCGGAAGUGAACUAUGGAUUCUCACGCUCCUCAAUGGAGAAGUCUUUUAUUCAAUUUUCACAAUCUAGACGUUACCCCUCCCGCCAAAUUGACGGAUCUAACUUUUCAUACCCUAAACGACCAUAGCACACUGUCGAGUUUUUCCCUCAUUUGGGCCAUUUGGAGUCCCAUGUUGAAAGCAGCUCUGUUAGACACGCCUCCUGAGGCUGAUCCAUACAUUAUCUUAGAGGGUCAUGACCAAGGGCAUAUUCGAUCGUUUCUGGACUUCGUUUUGAGCCCAGACUUCUGCCAAGACAAAUGGGAAGCGGCUCAAAGUUUGAUCUCGACCCUGGGGAUCCAUUUAUUUCCAAUCACUGCUGAAACACCGGGCCCUCCGAAGUCGAAGUUUAAGUGUAAAGUAUGUUCCAAGGACUAUGUAAAUGAAUUGAGCUUCUUGAAGCACCUCAAAUCACAUAACAAAGGACUUGUGGCGGAUCAAGUGAUAAGUGAUCAAAGGCCACAUAGAACAGCAAAACGACCGGCUCGCCUAGGGUCUGAUUUUGAAGAAGAAUUUGAGGAUCUGGAUCAUACCAGAUCUAAGAAAUCUGGCAGGCAUUUAUGUUCCAUAUGCAGCAAGGUAUUUUCAUCCUCUGGCUCUCUUCGACAUCAUAUGUUACUUCAUGAAGGUAAAAGAGACUUUUCUUGUGAUAAGUGCGACAAGAAAUUUGCAUCAUCAUUAACACUGAGGGCACAUCAAAAGCUGCAUGAAGAGCAUGGAUCCCAAUAUGUAUGUGAGCAUUGUGAAAGGUCAUUUAAAAGCUACAACAACAUGACUAGACACAUCCGAAGUGCUCACUUCGAAUGGAGUGAUGGCAAGCUUUUUAGUUGCAAUGUAUGUUUAAAAGAUUUUAAAGAUCCCUCUGCGUUGGCAGCGCACAAAAAGAUCCACGACGGAGUUCGAAACUUCAAGUGCGAAACUUGCUCGAAGGCGUUUUUGACCGGUGCUCAACUUCGGGUUCAUUGGAGAAUACAUACGGGAGAGAGGCCUUUUGAGUGCCAGGAAUGUCACCAACGAUUCAUCACGAAUGGAAACUUGAAAUCGCAUAUCAAGUUCCGGCACCAAGGCUUGAAAUUAAAAAAGGAACAGCUUUGUGUCACCUGUGGAAGUGUUUUUGUCAACAAACAUGACUUGGAGGUUCACAUCCGUAAACAUACAGGGGAACUCCCUUUCAAUUGUGAUCACUGUGGCAAAGGCUUCAGAUCUGCACGUCAUUGUGAGGAGCACAAUAGGACUCAUACAAGUGAAAGGCCUUACAAAUGCGAUACGUGCCAAGAAGCUUUUAAAGGGCCCGGGGGUCUUCGACAACAUUUCAAGUCGAAUGCCAAUUGUUGCUCCAAUGCCCGCCCAGGGGCGUUUUCGGUGAAAAGAAAGCGACCCUCCUGUCAGAAGCAGAUUACUCCAAAGUGCGAGAUCUCCGGAAGAAGCUCCAUCAAUCCGGAUCCCGAGGAGAGAUCCACCCAAACGACAGUUUUGUUUAUCGACCAGAAUGAAAUAACAUUCGUAUCUGACCAAGAACUACCUCUGAACGACUCAAUUGGUCCAUCUACUAUGGGAAAUGUCCAUGAGAAUCCUAUUCUCACUUGGAAUGAGGAAGCGUGACGUGGGAUAUCAAACAAACAAAAGGGUGCAGAAUAGACCGAUGGAAAUCGUUUGAAACUUCUCUU